CAAUAAAUAUUUCUCACAAAGAAUGCAUUUUUUUUGUUUAUUUAUAAAAAAAAAUCUUUAGGGGUGCCAGUAAUUUUGUCUAUUAAAAACACUAUUCUUAAUUUUUUUUUUCGAGAAUAGUAUAAAAUGCUAUAAAAGGAAUUAUUUAAUUAGAUAAAUGGUAGGCAAUUUCCCUGAACAUUUUGAGGAAAAUCUGAAUCAUUAUCGGCAUAUUUAUUGCUGAUCUUAUGUUUAUAUCCCGAUAAUGACGCCGUCAUUACUGCAAUCUGCCAAAUGCAUGACAGCUCCGCGAGCAGAUUUCCUGCUUCUGAUGAGCGCAUGAUUGUGUAUGCAGACACUGCGCCGUCUUUCCGUGAAAACACUCGCCGUGUCAUAUUAUUUGGAGCGCUAGCUGUCACAUUAGCUCCUGCUCGUCGCUGAACGUCUGUUCUUUUAUCGGUGCAUGAUUUUUAACAAAAUAGUAACGAAAGCGAUUAAUGAUCGAUGCAUGUUAGUGCUGGCGUAGCAAAGUAAAAAAAAAUAAAAUAAAUAAAUGAAACCGUUUCCUCUGCGGCUGCCAUCUUCGAGGGCACUUUGGCUGGGCUGCUGGGGAAGUGCCCGUAUUUGGUAGAUGAGGAUCGCAGGGUGCCGUGAGCAGUUGGAUGUCAGACGGGGAGCGGGCUGCCAUGGAGGCGAUCGGCGUCUCCUUCAGCAACCCCCUGGAUGAGUACGAGCUGGUGCAGCGCAUCGGCAGCGGCACCUACGGCGACGUUUUUAAGGCACGAAACAUCAAGACAUCAGUGAUCGCAGCUGUCAAAAUCGUCAAGCUAGACCCAGGCGAUGACAUCUCGUCCAUCCAGCAGGAGAUCACUAUGAUCAAGGAGUGUGCGCACAAGAACAUUGUGGCGUACCACGGCAGCUACCUCAGGAAUAACAAGCUGUGGAUAUGCAUGGAGUACUGUGGCGGGGGGUCUCUGCAAGACAUCUACCACAUUACAGGCCCGCUGAAGGAGAGGCAGAUAGCCUUCGUCUGCCGGGAAACUCUCCAGGGCCUGAACCACCUGCACAAAGCAGGCAAGAUGCACAGAGACAUUAAGGGAGCCAACAUCCUUCUGACUGAGCGGGGAGAUGUCAAACUGGCGGAUUUCGGGGUGGCGGCUGAGAUCAAUGCCUCGGUGGCCAAGCGGAAGUCUUUUAUCGGGACGCCUUACUGGAUGGCGCCAGAAGUGGCCGCCGUGGAGAAGAAAGGCGGAUACAACCAGCUGUGUGACAUCUGGGCGGUGGGCAUCACCGGCAUCGAGCUGGCGGAGCUGCAGCCGCCCAUGUUUGACCUGCACCCCAUGAGGGCCCUGAUGCUGAUGUCCAAAAGCAGCUUCCAGCCCCCCAAGCUUAAAGAGAAGUCCAAGUGGUCGUCUGACUUCCACAGUUUCGUCAAAGCGUCUCUCACCAAGAAUCCCCGUAAGAGGCCCACAGCCGAGAAGCUACUGCAGCACCCCUUCAUGACGCAGCUGUUGACGCGCACGCUGGCCAUUGAGCUACUGGACAUGGCCGGCAACCCCGACCUCCACCCCUCUCACGGUCUGGACGAGAGCGACCUGGAGACCUGUGAUGCCUUCCCCGAUAAGAUCCCGUCCCUGAGCAGACAGCCCUUCAUACAGCGCACCGUAUCUGAGGAGCAGUUUGAACAGGUGAAGUUCACCCCCCCCAUGAGGAAGGAGACUGACCCCUGUCCUGACCUGGGCUCCUACGAUGACUGGAGCAUCUCACCAGAUGAGAAGAACUCUCCGAGCCUGCUGGAAUGUGUGGAGGAGGCUUUGCUGGAGAGGAGUCUAACCAUAAAGCGAUCGCCGUCUGCUGAGAGUACCGAGGAGGCUGACAAAUGCGGGACGGUUCGGAGGUGUCCCGCUCUCAGCCCCUCCUCAGAGUCCAGACCCUCCCCCUUGUCCACCCUUAAGUCUUCAUGUCCUGGCCUGGAGGACAUGGACGUGGAUGGAUUCUGGAGUAACUCCGCCCUCUGCCUCGACUCCGCCCUCCCCGACUCCAUCACCGACAGCUUGCCAGGGGGCGCCAAAUGCGAGGAGACGGGACUAGACGGGAGCCUUUCCCCCUCCCGGCAGUCCCUCUCUGCAGAGUGGAGCACACUGCGAAGAAAACCUGAGGAGUCUCGAGCCGUCUGCCACGGACUGCCGCCGACUCCCAAGGUGCAUAUGGGAGCAUGUUUCUCUAAGGUGUUUAAUGGCUGCCCUCUGAAGAUCCACUGCGCAGCUACCUGGGUUCUGCCCAAGACGCGGGAUCAGUAUCUCAUCCUGGGAGCGGAGGAGGGCAUCUACACCCUGAACCUGAAUGAGCUCCACGAGGACACCUUGGAGAAGUUACUCCCGCAGAGGUGUACUUGGCUGUAUGUGAUGAACAGCGUCCUCAUGUCCGUCUCAGGGAAGUCCUCCCAGCUCUACUCCCACAGCCUGACCGUGCUGUUCGAGAACCGAACCAACCAGCAGAAGCGGCAGGGUCACCUGUCCAUCAGCACCAACCGGCUGUCGCAGAGGAUUCACGCCAGGAAGUUCGCCGUCUCCGUGAAGAUCCCGGACACCAAAGGCUGUCGGAGGUGCAGCGUGGUGCGUCACCCCUACACGGAGAGCACCUUCCUGUGCGGGGCGCUGCCCUCUGGCCUGGUCCUGCUGCUGUGGUAUGAACCUCUGCAGAAGUUCAUGCAGCUGAAGCACCUUGCCGUAUCUCUCCCAGAGUCCCUCCCCAUCUUCGAGCUCCUGGUGGUGGAGACAGAUGAGCUUCCCUGGCUGUGUGUGGGCCUGAAGGAACAUUCCGGAAGCGGCGGCGAGCCGCUGCAGUUCCACAUCGUGCACCUGAACAGAGACGCCGGCGUCCAGCUGGAGAGCGCCGCCCUGAGGGCAGCACAGGUGACGCAGCUGGACAGGGACUCGGUCCUCAUCGCGCUGGAAAAGACGGUGCGCAUCGUUAACCUGCAGGGGAAUCCGAGCGAGGAGUUCACCUCGGAGCUGACGUUUCAGUUCUCCAUCGACACCCUGGUGUGUCUGCAGGACAGCGUGCUGGCUUUCUGGAAGCACGGCCUCCAAGGAAGGAGCCUACAGAGCAACGAGAUAACCCAGGAGAUCACGGACGAGAGCCACGUUUUCCGGGUCCUGGGGACAAACAGGGACAUCAUCCUGCAGAGUACCCCCACAGAGAACCCCUCUGCCAUGAGCAACUUGUACAUCCUGACUGGCCACGAGAGCAGCUGCUAGGGGGGGGCCCUUCUGAGAGAACACACUACUGGAGCUCCAGCCUUCCAUCCUCCUGAAGGGAGUUCUCAACCUGGGGGAACGAGCACACAGCCUGAGAGGAGAUCUGCCCGGGUCAAAGCCUCGGGCCUGCGAGGGCGGCCGUUAGCGCUUAGCGCUUAGCGGUGCUUUCCAAGGAGGGCCGGUUUACAGUCCAGGACCUCAAAUGCACAAUCUCCUCUGAAGGUUUGGCUGGUCGGGUUUGACCCCCCAAGUAGGAGGAGGAGCCCAUGAUGUUACACUGCGACAUGAGCAGGGAAUGAGGAGAUG